AUGAACAGUAAAUCAUACGAAGAACGACCACUAACUCCCAUGAGCCGGUGUAUUCCAGUCGGCUUACCUGCUGAGACUAUGCAAACCGCUGCAGCCACCUUUGCCCAGACAGAGUUUCAUGAUUGUGAUGAGCUCCUUGGUGAUGCUGUUUUCAUGCAUGCUAAGACAUAUUGCUUUGCGCAUAGAUUCUUGAUAUCGCGACUUGAAGUACUGGCUUUACAACGCCUGACACAAGUUCUUCUUACGAACAAUACUUCGAGGGGUCCUUUUUAUUCGCGCCUGGCAGAUGCAAUCCAUUUGGUCUAUGAAUCAACUCCAAAGUCUACACAAUUUGAUGACCCAGCGCAAAAAUUGCUUGCCCAAUAUGUUGCUUUAAAUUUCAUCUCAAUCCCUACUGAGAGUCUUGAAACGGUCGUCUCCGCGGGAGGGGAAUUCAUGGUCGAUGUCGCACAAAAACUGGCUCAGCGUAUAGCAACAAGCGGUAGAUCCACCGAGUCGUUGGAAGAGUACAUUGACGAACUUAAGACAAAAGUCAACGCACUAGAGCUAGAAGGUCAAAAGCAGAGAAGCUUGUUGGAAAAGACUGAGAAGGAAAUACGAGAGUGGGAGAGCUGGAAUCGAGGAAUCUCUGGAAAGUAUAUUCCUACACUACAAGGUGUCUGUGUGACGGCCGAGCAGGACGUUAUUCAGAAGCAGGUUCGAUUUGAUAUUCCUGAAGCAACGGAGCCGGAGGAAUGUUGUUCCGAGAUAGGGUUACGGGACGAGGGUAAAAGCUUGGUCACGUGGUCGCGCGACAAUGUUGGAGCUCGGUUACGCUAGGAUGAAUAUGGAAUAUAGGCAAAUAAUAAGAACUUAGAGUUGAGAAUUUCUAUGUAUUGAUGCAC